UUCACCAGCGCAGCAACAGCAGCAGCCCAGCAGCGCCCCGACCAGAAAGAGGCAGAGCCAACCAACCAACUAACCAACGGACGGAAAGAGGCCGCCGCGAAGCCUCGCCAAUCCGGUCCCCCUUUUCCUUUCCUGCCUCCUUGGGAUCCGCCCGCGCAAUCCCGCCGCCGAGAUUGGAGCUCCGGCCGGCCCAUGGACCCCUGUCGUCGCGCGGAUCGCGGCGAGUAGCGACGAGCGGGAAGGGGGGAGACACCAGGGCCGUGCCGUGCCGUGCCGCGGGCUGGGGCAGAUGGACACGAACGCAGGCUCCUUCGUCGCCGUCCGACGGCUCGCUGGCUCCGACCGCGCCGCCGGCGCCGUCGCGUUCCACCACUCGUCCUCGGCGGAGGUCGUGACGGGGUCGACGGCGUGGAUCGGGAGGGGGCUCUCCUGCGUCUGCGCGCAGGGCAGGGACAGCGACGCCCGCCUUUCUUUCGAUUUGACGCCUGUUCAGGAAGAGUGCUUACUGAGGUUACAGAACCGGAUAGAAGUUCAGUAUGACAGUUCAAACAGAGAGCAUCAGGAAGAACUGAAGGCCCUUUGGUGUGCUUCCUUUCCUGGAAUUGAGCUUCAGGGGCUAAUUUCAGAACAAUGGAAAGAAAUGGGCUGGCAAGGGAAAGACCCAUCUACAGAUUUUAGAGGUGGAGGCUUCAUCUCCCUGGAAAAUUUAUUGUUCUUCGCCAGGAACUAUCCGAAAUCUUUUCAGGAACUUCUUCGUAAGCAGAAUGGUGACCGUGCAAUUUGGGAAUAUCCAUUUGCUGUAGCUGGUGUAAAUAUAACAUUCAUGCUCAUUCAGAUGCUUGAUCUACAAGCAGUUAAACCAAGGUCAUUGUUUGGAGCUGUUUUUCUAAAGCUACUUUCAGAAAAUGAUCGAGCUUUUGAUAUUAUCUACUGCGUAACCUUCAAGGUGAUGGAUCAGCAAUGGCUUGAUAUGCACGCUACUUACAUGGACUUCAAUACGGUCAUGAAAGCUACACGACGUCAGAUAGAAAGGGAACUGUUGCUUGAAGAUAUUCUGCGGAUCGAGGAUAUGCCAUCAUACAAGCUUCUAGCCCGCUAGCUAGUAACUGCACCUUAACAUGGCUUACAUGUCUCAAGGUUUUAGUUGCCAAAGGAUUGCGACCAGUGCCCUUACACAGUGAGGAUUCUCAAAUGUAGAUGCACCUGUAUCGUCAUGUUUUAGGUACUCUGGUAACCUGAGCUCUCGGGCAGGGUUUUCUUGGUCAUAGCAUGCCGCGUAGGGUAACUGGGUGACUCAAAGUGUUCGACCAGCUGCCCAGGCGGGCAGACUAUCUGUAGGGUGUGUGUGUGUGUUAUUGCCCAUCAUACCACGAUAUGAAGCGCGUCCUAGUCUUUGGCUCUUUGCCUUUGUAAACAUGAGGCUGUUCUGAAAUCUAAUCUGAGUUGUGAUUUGGGAGUAC